CUCAAAUCUUUAUUUAUUACUCUCAAUCCAAAGCUUCUUAAUUAUUGGCUUCUAGGAUUCCAACUUUUCACUUUGACUUAAUUCUUCUAUUCAAACAUCAUCACAAGAUUAUUUUUUGAAUAUGAAGUUCUUUAAUUGGAUGCAUAACAAGCUCAAUGGGGGACAAGGAAGUAGGAGGUCUAAUGCUAUUCCAAUUACUACAAAUCAUAUAAAUGAAGAGUUCAAAGAUUGGCCAGAUUCCUUGUUAGCAAUUGGAACUUUUGGCAAUAGAAACAGUGAUCUCAAAGAACAGAGCAAAUUACACGUAAAAAAUGAUAUCGAAGACGAUGAACAAACUUCUUCUUCUCCAGAUUUAGCAGAAUUCACACCUGAGGAAGUUGAGAAAUUACAAAAAGAGCUAACAAAAUUACUAUCACGAAAACCAUCACCAACUACUAGUAAGUCUGAGUUUGUCGAGAUCAAGAACAAUGCUGUCAAUGAUGAUGAUAUUCUUCCAUUGGACAGAUUUCUUAAUUGUCCAUCGAGUUUGGAAGUUGAUCGUAGGAUUAAUUCCAGUAGAUUUAGCAGUGCUAAUUGCUCGGAUGAUUAUGAUGAGGAAGAAAUCGACAGAACAAUAAGAGUAAUCAUAGGUAGAUGCAAGGAUGUCUGUAGUAAACAGAGCAAAAAAAAAUCAAUUGGGAUGAAAUCAAUUUCUUUUCUUCUCAAGAAAAUGUUGGUUUGUACAAAUGGUGGUUUUGCUCCUGCUCCUAGUUUACGUGACACAUUUCCCGAAUCAAGAAUGGAGAAGCUUUUGAGGACAAUGCUUUCCAAGAAAAUACAUCCCCAAAAUGCCCGUAGAACAUCAACAAAGAGAUAUUUAGAGGAAAAACAUCCACAAAGAGAAGAGAAAGAAGAGAAAAAAAGAGAGGAAACUUGUUAUGAUGGCCGAUCAAAAUGGGUGAAGACUGAUUCUGAUUUUAUCGUCUUGGAAAUAUAGAUAUCGCCUCUCUGCUAGACGUCCAUUUCAGAAAAUGUCGAUGUAUUAUGAUAGUAUAAUUUUUUUUAGGGCAAAAGGGUUAAAUUU